UUGGGUUACUGUCUGUGGUAACCAAUCAGAUUCUUUUGAUGGUUUGACCUAUCAAGACCAUCUCACUUCCUUCACUUGCUGAAAUGCCUUUAAGAUUUCUAAGAAGAGACAAUGUCAAGAUGAUCUUGUUGUGGGUAAUGCUGCUUGUUCUUCAUAAAGGAUACACUCUUGUUCCAGUGACAACAGUUCAACUUGGUGAACCUGCAACCUUCACGUGUGUUUUACCUAAAAGUGAGAUCAGCCACAGAGAGCUCAGCCUGUACAAGCAGAGGGCCGGGGAUACUCUGAAGUUAGUAGUGACGGUUCGGAAAUCUAUGAAGCCUCAGUUUUCACCGGAGUUCUCCGAGUCAAGAUUGGAGGUAAAAUGGGAUGACAGUUUUACCAACCUGACCAUCAUGAGAACGAUCCAAGAAGAUGAGGGCAUGUAUCACUGUGCAGUCAGAGAGUGGAUGAUGAAGACGGAAUGGAGUGGGACCUAUUUGUUACUAGAAGAAAACACUCAAAGGACAUCAAACUUGACUGUUGACCAGUCACCCACUGUCCCUGAUCCAGUUCGUCCAGGAGACUCGAUGACUCUGCAGUGUUCAGUCGUCUCUGACUCUGAGAAUAAAACAUGUCCAGGAGGUCUCGGUGUGUACUGGUUCAGAGCCGGAUUAGAUAAAUCUCAUCCAGACAUCAUCUACACUGAUGAAGACAGACAUGAUGACUGUGACCAGAGAUCUGAGGCUCAGAAAAGCUGUGUUUAUCGCUUCACCAAGAACGUCAGCUCCUCUGAUGCUGGGACUUACUACUGUGCUGUGGCCACAUGUGGACAGAUCUUAUUUGGAGAUGGGACAAAAGUGGAGAUUGAUGGGAAUUUUCCGCUGAAGGCCGAUGUGAUUAUUAUUCUGCUUGGUGCUGUCUUGGCUCUGAGUCUGAUCGUCAUGGCCUUCCUCAUUUGUGCCAUCAACAAAAAGGACAAUGAUUGUUGUAAAGGCUCUCGUGUUCUGCAAAACAACUGCAGUGGUUGGAAAAGUCAACUUGUAAGGAAUUUAAAGAGAGAAGAGAUUUAUUCGGCUGCCAUCUUCACCAUGAUGAACUCAGAGAGAGGUGCAGUGAGAGGUGCAAAUGCAGCGGAGAAAGAGAGGAUCUACGCCGCUGUGAGGGCUUUUGGUCUUGAUGAGUGAUUUAACAGUUAGUUGGUAUCCUAUGGUCUAUGUACAUUUUAGUCUGUUUAGCUCACAAAGGCUUGAUAUUGCUGUAAAAUAGUGCUGUAAUAAUAACAAAUCAUUUUAAAUUCAAUUUUGUCCUUAUACAUUUGAGAUUAUAAAUGAGCUGUUGAGCCUUCUCAUAUGAUAUUUACACCAACUCACCCUGAGCUGGGUAACAGGGUGGUUAGUGGAGCCUUUUUCAGCUCAGGUGUUGUCCCCCUAAUGUAUACAAUUGGUCUAAACUUGACUUCUACCUGUACUUGUCGUCUGAGGGCAGGAUUGCAGGUGACUUGCCAAUCCACCCAGCUCCUUACAAAGGGGUUCUUUUUACCUACAAAAAAUAACUGUAUAAAUCUCUUGCAAGAAUAAAUAAUUUAUUUUUUUCCCUUAGCAUAUUACAGUUUUACCAUGCAUUCAUGGAUGCAGCAACAAACUGUAAUCACAGACUAUGAGACGCAAUUUUGAGCCCAUGCAGCGAUUUCCACAACAGAGUAUUUCCUCUUUUUAAUACAGAGCGGCCUGAAGGCACAAAGAUCACGGCAGUCCAGCAUUGGCUAUUUGGCCUUUGAAUCUCUAAUGAUUUGAUCUAGUGUAGAUGAAGAAACCCUUUGAAUUAUUUGCUUACGCAGUCUCUGACAGAGUGAAGGACCUCCUCCCAUCUUCACGUCUCAGAGACUCAGCCACUCUAGGAUGCCAUUUUUAUUAUUAACCUCUUUCAAAUUAACCUUAUUUGUCUUAAGGUGUUCCUCCACAUGUUCUUUGUCAGCAUGACACAACUUUUCAGUGUUUUGUUGCCCCUAUCCCAACUUUUUGAAACCUGUUGCAUGCAUGAAAUUUGAUAUGAGCACAUAUUUUAAUAAAAUGAUAUAUUUUUCAGUUUCAACGCUUGAUAAUUUGGGUUUGCACAAUUUUUUAUUUACAAAUACUAAUAGUUUAAAUGAUCUGCAAAGUAUCCACAUCUGCUUUUAUCACCAUGUUACACUGCAUCCUAACUUUUUUGGAAUUGGGGUUGUACAGGGGUAGAUGUGGACUGUAUGGAUGUCUUUCAGGUACAGGUGCUGUGGAUGUUCUAUAUGUAUGUAUCCUCUGUACAGAAUGUAGAAAUGAAUUUCCCUGUAAAAGGACAAUAAAAGAUCCAUCUGUUGAUCUA